AUUGUUUACAUUCUACCCCAAAACAAACUUCCUCCUUUCACCUUUCCACACGCACCAUCAAAUUUCAAAACUCACGUUCCCCUUCACUUGUGUUUAUACACUCUUACACUCUUUCAAUCCUACACCAACUCUUUUCAAACUUCCAAAGAACAAACCUACCCCUUUUAAUUCCUUUCAUACUUCUCUUGUUGAUUGAUCUGUACGGACCUUUCAACUUCAACCUUCAGUCUCCGUUACCAACACACUGUCAAUCUUGCACAACAACUCAAUCCAAUUCAAUCAAUCAAGGUAACUGCUCAUCAAGCCAACAUGAAGGUCAACAUUCGCUCCACGGUGGCUCUCACCCUUGCUGCCCUGGCUUUUGGUGCGGCCACCGCCACCGCCCACAACACCCUCGAUAAUGAGUAUCAAGUCAGCGAGGUUGACACCGAGACUGUCGAUUGCACCGACACUUCUUCUCUCCCAGAGUUCUCGGUCCAGACCUUUUACUCCACCCAUGUCCACCAGUCAGUCAAGUACACCUUGCCCAGCGGGGGGUAUACCUUGGCCCUCCCAACGGAGGUCAUUGGGGACCUGACUAGUCUUCUCCAUGUCUACUCCCCCACCAAGGGACAGCAGAUUGCUUCUGCCACCACCUCUACUUCUGUUGAGCAGCCAACUGUAUCAUCUGCCGCCUCUACGGCCUCUACUUCCACUAGAGAAGAGCCAAUCGUCUCCACUGUCCCAUCGUUCACCAGCACCAAAGUGCAGUCUACCUUUGUUUCGGUUCCUGUUGCCAGCGAGCCUGUUCCUGCUGUUGUUCCCUCCAGCAGCGCUGAAGCUCACUCUGAGGCUUCUACCGAACCCGCCCCGGCAACUACCGAACAACCUUCCUCCACAAAGGAAAUUGUUCCCCCAGUCGUCAGCACGGAGACUCCGUUGACCAACCCUCUCCGCCCUUCCGUCACCCCCAGCGAUACCCCCACCACUGCCUCAAUUACUCUAACCACCACUGAGACCCUGCCGGGCGCUCCAAUCCCUCCAGUGAAGGAAGGCGUGUCCCAACUUUCUUCAGAGGCAUCUGAGGCGAUCAUCCAAAACCCUCACAAGACGCACGGCGGUCCCCCUAUUGUCUCGGUUGCUUCCUCGAUCUUGAGCAUGACCACCGAGACACUGACCAACUCCCACACAACCGUGGUGACUGUCAUCGAGAGCUCAACCCAAAUUCCUUUUGCAGUUGACUGCUUCUCUACCACCUACGUUACUGUUUACUCUUCCCCCAGCUCCCCUGCAUCAGUAGCCACUGCUCAUCCCAGCUACACCGCAAUUGCCCAACCCUCCACCAUCGUCGUCGCCACCGGUGUCCCCCACCCAAGCAACAACACCACCACCGUCGCGACCGGUGUCCCACGCCCAAACAACACCACCACCACCGGAAAACGCCUCCCCCCCAUCCACGGCGCCGCGCCAACCCUUUCCGCAACCCCAGGCAUUCUCCUCGCCUUCUGUGGUCUGAUCUGCUACCUGAUCUAAUCGCCGACCGGGUCGCCUUCUGCACUCGCUCUAUUGCGGACAACAGGCGUGUAUUUAUAGAACAUACAGAAGAAUUAUAGUUACCACAUUAGCUGGUUUUGCUGUUUCCGUUCUGUCCUUCAAUCAAGGCUGCUCGUAAUGUCGGAUCUCUGCGGCGGCGCUUGAGAUUGGGAGGUUCAGAUGGGAAAGUGUUUAUUGAAAAGAAGGAGAUGGGUGGCUAGGUGCAGCUGGAUCGUUUUGCACAGGUCGGUGCAGGCUGGUGUUUGGUCUGGACGGACGGUGUUCAUAGGCUGUAGUUAGGCUGGGA